AUGGGCCUCUUAUUCCUUGGGACGCCUCUCUCAUGGGAUGAGGCUAAGCACUAUGCCGAUCACGUCAGGACCCAUGGAAUAACGCAAUUCUUGCACAUAUGGGAUUGUCUCAAGGAUAGAUGUGGAGAUGAACUGUUGUGGGGCGACGAGAUAGAAUACAUGGUCGUUCAGUUCGACGAUCAAGAGAAGAAUGCAAAGCUCUCUCUACGGCAGACCGAGAUCCUAGCGAAAUUGCAGGCCAUCGUGAGCGACAUCGCUACCGAUGCUAGCAAGGCGGACUCCGUACCUACUUUCCACCCUGAGUAUGGCCGCUACAUGUUGGAAUCUACUCCUGGUGCCCCAUACACCGGAUGUCUCCGUGACCUCCUCUCAGUAGAGAGCAAUAUGCGUUAUCGGCGACAUUUGGCUCGCAAGUACUUGAAGGAAAACGAGAUUCCUUUCACGUUGACUUCGUACCCACGACUGGGUGUCCCUGGAGUGUUCACGGAGCCUUACUUCGAUCCUAAGAAUGCGGUUUCAAGUCAUAGUCUUUUUGUGCCCGAAGAAAUCACAAACCCUCAUGCACGUUUCCCGACACUGACCGCAAACAUCCGGCGGAGACGCAGUUCCAAGGUAGCGAUCAAUCUUCCAUUGUUCAUCGACGAACAUACUCCGCGUCCGUUUGUCGAUCCAACCAUACCCUGGCAGCGUAGCAUAUAUUCAGAAGAUGCCGAAGCCAAGAAUGGUGCUGCCCUGAUUGAUCACAUUUAUAUGGACGCUAUGGCAUUCGGCAUGGGGUGUAGCUGUCUCCAGAUCACGUUCCAGUCUUGCAAUAUUGCCGAGGCGAGACGAUUGUACGAUGCGCUUGUGCCUGUUGCUCCGCUUAUGCUGGCAUUGACCGCAGCUAGCCCCCUCUGGCGUGGUUAUAUUGCUGAUGUGGAUUGUCGUUGGGAUGUCGUUGCAGGCAGCGUCGACGAUCGCACAGACGAGGAACGUGGACUCAAGCCUCUGAAGCAUGACAGAUUCAGAAUUCCGAAGUCCCGCUAUGGCAGUGUAAGCUUGUACAUAUCGGAGAGCUGGUUGAAUCGCCCGGAGUACAAUGACAUUGACGCCCCGCAUGACGAAGCAAUCUUCCAGCGCUUGAAAAAGCACGGCAUUGACAACUUGCUCGCGAGGCAUAUCGCCCACCUCUUCAUCCGCGACCCUCUCGUCGUCUUCUCAGAGACAAUUGUUCAAGAUGAUACCACCAGUAACGACCACUUCGAGAACAUUCAGUCGACUAAUUGGCAGACUAUCCGGUUCAAGCCACCUCCGGUGAAUACUUCCAUCGGUUGGCGGGUUGAAUUCCGCUCCAUGGAGGUCCAGAUGACAGACUUUGAGAACGCUGCUUUUGCGAUAUUCGUUGUUCUCCUUUCUCGCGCUAUCCUCAGCCACAAUUUGAACCUUUACAUCCCGAUAUCGAAGGUUGACGAAAACAUGGCAAGAGCACAGAAGAGAGAUGCUGUCGGGUCUCAGAAGUUCUAUUUCCGCAAAUCCAUGAUCCUCCCCGGGGACGUGUCGCCAUCUUCAAGCGUCUGCUCUUCUGGCGCUACUACACCCGUGGACCCUCACCGUACCAAUGGCAUACCCAAGAAGGACAGAAUUCUCCGCAAUUGUUUUCCUCUAGUCCCUAAGCCGGAGGAUGGCGUUCUUGAUGGAUCGAUUGAGGAUGAAUACACUGAGAUGACUAUCCAAGAGAUCAUGAACGGGAAGACUGACACUUUUCCUGGGCUUAUCCCUCUCGUGUAUGCGUACCUUGAGACCUUGGAUGUCAGUGAAGAAGAACGACAUCAAUUCGAUCAGUAUCUGGAUCUUAUCAGACGCAGAUCAGACGGAUCUCUCAAGACAGGCGCAUCAUGGGUACGCGACUUCGUGCGCUCUCACCCUGCAUAUAAGCUCGACUCCGUCGUGAAUCAGGAAAUCAACUACGACCUCAUGGUGGCAGCGGACGAAAUUGAACGGGGUGUGAGGAAGGCCCCUGGAUUUUUACCGACACAGGACUAG